AUGGAAGUUAGAACCGCUAGUUGCGAUAUCAACGACUAUGCUUGCAAGCUAUUCAAGGUGUACUCAGACACCGUCUUCGCUGAUGACUACGAAGGGCUGCUGAAGUUCUACGAUGACAGCGCUGUGUUGAUCGAGAAAGGAAAGGAGAGCUUCUAUGGAGUCGACUCCAUUAUCAACGCCAUCAAGGCCUAUCAUGCUGGUUUGGGACCAGGAACCACAAAGGUGUCAUCUCAGAACUCGGAGUUCAAGGUCGAGCACACCGACAGCGUAAUUACGAUUCGCUGCAAAUAUUGCGUGAGUUCAACCGAAUCACAAUCAAUUUCUCUAAAUCAUCCUCGAAUUAAGGUGCAGUCCGUUCUUGCUCAUGAGACCUGGGAGGGCGAAUACAUUCAGUACUGGAGAUCCGAGAUCGGAAAAAUGCCGAAGAUCAUCCGCGACGAGUUCAGCAUUGACAAGAGAUACUAA